AUGGAGGUUGCAGGGGUUUUGGCAUUUGGGGUUUCUCAUACAGGGUUGGUGAUUUCUCGUUCGGAGGUUUUGAUUUUGGGGUUUUCCAAUCAAUAUUGGACGUGGUGUUACUUGCUAAGAAUAGUGAGUUUGAGAUUUCUCAAAGGGAAGGCGGCGACGGUGGAGUUCAGAUAUACUUCAAUUGGCAACAUAUACGACACUUUUCCCAAUUCCUUACUAUCCAUCAUUAAUUCUUUCAAUAAAUUCAAACCAGCAUAUUUACUUUCUGAUGGAAGAUUAGAGAGGGCAGGGAGGGUUAAAAGCAAAUCUUCUUCUGGUGGACAACUUACUGCUAAUAGCAAUGGCUUGGAUGUGCAUAAAAACAGCACACUCACAACAUCAGUCAUUUCUAUGGGACAUGAGAUUCUGUUUGGAAUUGUUGAGGAUCAGUUGGGACCAUAUUUAUGUAGGAAGCUGGGUUCCAUUGGUUGGUCCGUGUUGCAAUGUUCUGUAGUUCACAAUAAUAUAGAUUCUGUGGCAGAAGAAGUUGAGCGACAGAAAUCUAAGACUGAUAUGGUAUUUAUAUGGGGAGGUGUAGGUCCACUGCAUUCAGAUGUUACCUUAGCCGGCAUUGCAAAAGCUUUUGAUGUUCGUUUGGCUCCUGAUGAAGAAUUUGAAGAAUAUCUAUGGCUUAUUAUUGGUGAUCAGUGUAUUGGUGAUAGGAAUGAGCAGAAGCAACAUAUUUAGAGCAAGUGGAUAUGGAAACGGCAUCACCACUACAUAUGAGGGAGGCUUUUUUUGAAGAUAAAUAUUUAGAGUAAGUGGAUAUUGCAAAUGUAGCAGAAGCAACAUAUUGAUUAUUAGCCCAUGGUAGAACCCAUGAUAAACCUCCUAGUGUUUCAUGAAGACGGUACUCUUCCAUCUAAAACAAGUUGCAUGCAUAUAUGUUCCAAUAUAUUAGAAUAUUUAGGUAGCAAUAUUGAUGAGUUAGAUUGAAUAAUAUUAAUAUUAAUAUGUACCUUUGUAAUAAGAAUUUGUGCACCAACAUACUUGUCAUCCCAAGCUGCAUGCAUAUAUAUUCUAAUAUAUUAGAAUAUUUACAACUUGAGACUGUUUGGUAGAUUUUGAG